AUGGAAAGUGGAUCUACAAGUUGUCGUCGAUUGAAUUUUGAAGCAAAUGAAGAGUGUCAGGAUGAUGGCGUGAAAGUUAUUAAUGAAGGGUUGAACAAUAAAAUUGAUUUGGAGAACAUUGAGGCACCUAUAUCAGAAGACUUUCUACCUAGUAUAGGUCAAGAAUUUGAAAGUGAAGAAGAUGCUUAUCAGUUUUAUUUGACAUAUGCUAGAAGGAUUGGAUUUAGCAUAAGAAAAUCUAGAUGUCAUAUUAAUAAAUCAGGUGAAAUGUUGGAUAGAGUGUUAUUUUGCAGUGCACAAGGCAAAAAGGAAAUAGAUAAACGUCGUGAUCUUUAUGUGAAAAACAAACGUGCUGAAACACGGUUUGGUUGCGAAGCUAAAAUGAAGAUUAGUCGUCGAAGUAAUGGCAAAUUAUGCGUGGUUCAAUUUGUGAGAGAGCAUAAUCACUAUCUCACAAGUCCCAACAAAACACAUUUCCUUAGAUCCCAUAGAAAAAUAUCUUCUUCUGCAGCGAUACAAAUUGAGAUGGCUAGUGAAGUUGGAAUCCCCCAAAAAGCAUGUCAUGAUCUUAUGGCUAGACAAGUGGGUGGGAGAGAGUUUUUAGGUUUUAUCCCUAAAGAUUACAAAAAUUAUUUGCGUUCUAAAAGAACAAGAAACGUGAUGGUUGGGGAUUCAGGAGGUGUAUUGGAAUAUUUGCAAAAACAACAGUUACAAGAUCCUAAUUUUUUCUAUGCUAUUCAACUUGAUGAAGAUGACCUAAUAACUAAUAUUUAUUGGUCUGAUGCUAAGAUGAGAGCUGAUUACGGUCAUUUUGGAGAUGUUAUUUGUUUUGACACAACUUAUAGGAAGAACAAUGAAGGUCGUCCAAUUGCGUUGUUUGUAGGUGUUAAUCAUCAUAAACAAUCGAUAAUUUUUGGUGUAUCUUUAUUGUAUGAUGAGACAUCUAUGUCAUUCGAGUGGUUAUUUGAUACAUUUAGUAAAGCCAUGAGGGAGAAAAAACCAAUAACUAUUCUCACAGAUCAAGAUGCAUCCAUGGCAAAGGCUUUAACUUUGAAAUGGCCAGAGACACAUCAUCGUUUAUGCAUUUGGCACAUUUAUCAAAAUGCUGCAAUACAUUUGAGUGGCGUUUUUUCACAGUUUAAAGGCUUUGCUAAAGAUUUUGCCUCUUGUAUAUAUGAUUUUGAUGAAGAGAGAGAUUUUAUUACAGCAUGGAAUCAGAUGUUGACUCAGUAUUCAUUAGAAGAAAAUGAUUGGCUUCGGCGCAUGUUUCAGUUAAGAGAAAAAUGGGCUUUGGUGUAUGGCCGACAUAUAUUUUGCGCAGAUAUGACUACAACCCAAAGAAGUGAAAGUAUGAAUAGCAUUGUAAAAAGGUAUGUCACAUACAAACACAAGUUUUUGGACUUUUUCAAUCAUUUCGAAAGACUACUUGAGGAUCGUCGAUACGAAGAGUUAAAAGCUGAAACACGGUCUAAAGUAAGUGCUCCAUUCUUGGAAUUUCCAAUUGAAAUUUUGAAGCAAGCAAGUAGUAUUUAUACCCCCGAAAUAUACAAGUGUUUUCAAACUGAGUGGUGCAAAUCUCAUGAUACUAGUGUCAGAAUAAUCGAGAAUGAUGGAACUCUUACAAAAUAUGAAAUUAAUCCUCUCCGAAAGAGUUACAACAAUCAUAUCGUUAUAGUUGAUUUAUCGUGUGGAAAAUUUGAAUGCGAUUGCAAAAAAAUUGAUUUUACUGGAAUUUUAUGUUCACAUAUUUUGAAAAUAUUUACGAUAAACAAUAUCGUAAAGAUUCCAAAUAAGUUCAUACGAAAAAGGUGGACACGAGAAGCUAAGGUUGGAUAUUUUGAAGUUAAUGAAUCAACUAGUGACCAAACUAGUUUGUCUACAAAAGUAUUGCAAAGUAUGCGAUAUCAAGAACUGUGUGGACUGUAUGUUCAGUUGGUAACCAAGGCAGCGGAGAGGAAUGAUACAUAUAAGGUUGCUAAAGAUGAUAUUUUGCGUACGUUGAAGUCGAUGGAUGAGAUGUUACAAGUUGGUGAAUCAAAUGCCACGAAUAUUUUAAAAGAGGUAGAAAUUAGUGUAAGAGACUCUCAUGGAAUUAAAGGGAUUAAAAGGAAGGAGAAAACAAUGUCGGGUAAAAGGUUGAAAGGUGCCCUAGAGAGAAUGUCAAAAAGAAGAAAAAGAUCAAGUAAAACCAAACAAACAUCAACACUUGAGAAUGUUCGACCACACUCUAUGCAUGGAACUCAGUCUCUACAACCUCUUCCAACACAACAUUCGCAGUCAAUUUUUGUGAGCACUGGUCAACAUCUCUUGGCUGAAAGUUCGCAGUCUUCAAUGCGAUGGGAUGCUUAUGGUUUUGCUGUAAGACCUCAACAUGUACAAAGAUACCGUGAAUAUGCUACUAUAUACAAGGUUUUCCUAUUCUUCUCUUCUUAA